UUAAGGUGCGCUACUGGUCUUCUUCCGUCCUGUCCCGGUCGAUUAAACUCCCUUCCCCUCGCGAGCGCCGCCCCAUCCUCCCCCGGUUCCGAGGUCUCCGGCGUUGGUCCGCUUCUCCGCCGCUGUCGCGCCACGGCCCCGCAGAUCCUCCGCCGUCGCCGCCAGGGAUAUUCUCUUCUCUGCCCUACGCCGCCUCUCUCUUCUGGAGAUGGAACGAAUAACCGUUGCGGUGGUCGUGAGCAUGUGGGCUAUUCCCGUCUCGAUCUUGGUCAAUAGAAUCGUUCCCGAUCCCUACAUGGAUGAGAUAUUCCACGUCCCUCAGGCGCAGCGGUACUGCAGAGGAGAUUUCACAUAUUGGGAUCCAAUGAUCACCACUCCUCCUGGCCUGUACUAUCUUUCACUUGCCUAUGUUGCUUCUUUGUUUCCGGGCAUGUGGUUUGCUAAGGCAGUCCAAUCUUUCUCUUUACUCUGUUCCACCACAAUUCUUCGGUCUACCAACAUUGUUUUUGCCAUUAUUUGUAGCAUUCUUGUUUAUGACUUGCUUAUCCUCUUGAGACCUACUAUGAGCAAAAGGAAGGCAACAUUAUAUGCAAUUGUGUUAAUGCUCUAUCCAGUUCACUGGUUCUUCACAUUUCUGUACUAUACAGAUGUCGCUUCACUAACUGCAGUUCUUGCAAUGUAUGUGGCCAGUUUGAAGAAGAAGUAUUGGAUCAGUGCAAUGCUUGGGGCAUUUGCCAUACUUAUUCGGCAAACAAAUGCAGUGUGGAUGGUUUUCAUUGCUGCUAAUGGUGCUAUCACAUAUACAGAGAACUUAUAUGAAAAAGUUUUUGUUCCAAGGAACCAUAAGGGAAUAGUGUUUGAGAGCAAUAAUUUGCUAUUAGACAGAAAAGAUGUUCCAACAGAUCGAGGAUUGAGGAGGCGAAAGAUAAGUAGCUCCAUUAAUACCACUGACCUAUCUAAAUUUGAGACCGGUGAACAUUCCUUGUGCCAUGCUCCAGGUUUUAUUGACGAAAUCCUGGAUACCACUUUAAGGUUAUGGUGUUUUAAGUGGAAAGUCUUGCUUUCUUUUGCACCAUUUAUCAUGGUAGCAUUGGCAUUUUUAGCUUUUGUCAUCUGGAAUGGGAGUAUAGUCCUUGGUGCAAAGGAAGCUCAUGUAGUUUCUCCACACCUUGCCCAGUUGAUGUAUUUUGGUCUGGUUUCUGCAGCAGCCUUUGCUCCCUUGUACUUUAAUUUAGGCCAAGCUGCUGCUCUGUACCAUUCAUUUGGGAGGAAUAAAGUUCUUGGUUCUUUACUCGUAUUGGUGGCUCUUACUGUAGGCUUUACUUCAGUACACUUUUUCAGCAUAGCCCAUCCAUAUCUUCUGGCAGACAACCGGCACUACACCUUCUAUAUUUGGCGAAAAGUGAUCCAAGUUCACUGGAUGAUGAAAUACCUUUUAGUCCCACUUUAUGUGUAUUCAUGGUUUUCCAUCAUCAGCAUACUAGGGAAAGCUCGGAAUAGGAUUUGGGUGUUCUCUUUCUUUAUAUCUUGUGCACUGGUUCUCGUACCUGCGCCACUCAUUGAGUUCAGAUAUUAUACUAUACCGUUCUUCUUCCUGAUUCUUCAUUCCCAGGUUACUGAUUAUGUCAGGUGGCUGACCAUUUGUACUCUAUAUGUGGCUGUAAAUAUCUUCACCAUGACCAUGUUUCUGUUCCGUCCUUUCCAUUGGGAUCACGAGCCUGGAACUCAGAGGUUUAUAUGGUAGUCUAGUGGCAUAUCUGAAGAGAUCCAUUACUUUGUACAAUCACACUCAGAAUAGUACCAGCUAACCUGCAUAUCUGCCUAUCAUGAUUCACCAGCAAAAUCUGCCUGAUCUUCCAAGAAUGUGGUAGAUCACAAAUUUCAAAUCACAGUUUCCAGCAGCUAGAUUCUCACGUAACUUAUCAUGAUGGAUCAUGGGAGGAUAUCUUGUACAUCAGGUUUUGCAUCUUUCGUUUUCCAAGCAGCGCUUAUGGACUAAAUCCUGACUUAAGAGGGUUCUAGCGAAAUUGGCUGAAGACUCGCAGAAAUGAAGUUUGUUCUUCGAGGACUGUGAACAGAAAAUGGCUUAGAUCAGACAAGGACUAUGAAGUGCAACUCAACCAACAUUCAGGGCAAGCACAACGGAUGGUCUUACUGUUCACAUAAUUUUUGUUGUCAAAUACGCUAUUUCCCUUCAUUUAUUGAGAUGCGGAGCUCAAAAGUAAAUCUUAGACUCAUAGACGUUCCAAUUUCAAUGUUGCAGUCACUAGUGUGUAGUUGUCUGCUCAACGGAGACAUCUGUAGACAAAGUCCUUGCUUCAAAUCUUGAUUGCUGCUUCAUGAUCUUUACUUGCGGAUGUGGGUAUGGAUAUGGAUAUGAAAGUAUGAGGUGAAUAUAAGUAUGAAGUUUUUACUUGCAGCUUGGAUAUGGGUAUGAGUCAAUCCGGCCUACAUCCGACCCAUUGCCGUUCCUAACGGGGGAAAUUCCUGACCGAUGGCAAAAAACAUGUACAGAAUUCUAACAAAAAAAAAGAAAAAAAGGAACAUGGACAGAAACAUAUUUCAUGUUAUUACAUCAAAUUUUGCAUGGAGCAAACGCCAUCUCCAGAGCCACAGCUUCCGUGUGUUCGCCACCCACCACCCAGCGACACUUUCUGCCGCCGGUCAUCAAGAAGGCACCUCGCUGGGGUUCGCAAACGAGGUGUUGCGUGAUACCGGCACCGAUCUCGGAGUCCUUGGAUGGUAGAUCCUUUGUCGGUUCCCCUCGUCGUCUUCGUCGUCGUCGUCCGGCACCUUGCACUUCUCCCCGAGGAUGAUGGUCUUCUUCCAUAUGCUGUCCUCCGACGCCGCCUUCUCCCUCUUGCUAGUCUUUAUUUUCUGUGGCCUCUUGGUGCUGAGGCUGAUUGAAAGCUUCCGCUUUGAUCUCGACGACGGCAACACCACCGUCGGAAGGAUGGGACCAUGUUCUGCUGCGGCCUCAGGCAUCCUUUCUAUCUCCUCCUCCUCCUCCUCCUCCUCCUCCUCCUCCUCGGCUGGGGAUGGAGCUUGUAAAUUAUGUUCAGAGACUUCCAUAGUCGCUGCUUCUGCUGCAGCUAUAGCAGAUGGCGGUUUUGAUGGAGACUUGGACGAUGCACGCUUACGAUGACAAGAAGCACAGAGGGAGGUGACAAUGGCGAUGGAGGCAAUAACCCAUGCAACGGUCAAGGAGAGGACGAGCACCGGGUGGAAGAAAGGGACGUUGUUGGCUUCAGGAGAAUAAGGUAUCCUUCUUCCCAUGAUGGUAGGGGAAGAUAAAAAAAAAGGUCGAUCGAUCCCUUUCCCUCUGUGCUUGUUCUUUGUGGGCUAGCCUGUGGAUCGAUGUUCCUUAAUUCGAUCGACAAACGAAUCAACUAAGAGUAAUUAAUACAACGGCUUGACUAGAAACUCUCCUUUUUGAAGCAAAAAAAA